AUGAAGCAAAAUCAACAGCAAGCUGAACUGAAGACGCUUCCAAAAUUCCCGAAAGAAAGAGCUAAAGAGAUAGCAGACUUUAUUUUAAAAGAUAUAUUUGAAGAUCCUCAAUUUGAUUAUAAUUAUAUUCAAUACUUUCUAGAUAUGGCUUCAAAAGCAAUUACAUUCGAAAUCCAUAAUGAUAUAAGUUCGGAUUUUUCUGUUUUUGUUCAGGUAACACUUCUUGAAAACUUAGGUCAAUCAAUAAUUUCAGCAUCAAUGUCUCUAUGGGACCAGCGCACAGAUGAUUAUGUUGCUACUUCAUACUCAACAAACAAAUUCACGUGCUUAGUUAACAUAUAUGGUGUUUUUUCUCCUGAAAACAAGUAA